AUGUCUACAUCUGCACCGACCACUUCUGCGCCGCGCAAGCCAAUGCCCUCCGCAUUGACGUUCGAUCUGCAUACGAAAUGCUCGACCACCAAGGCUCGUGCCAGUACUCUGCAUCUUCCUCAUGGCUCAGUUCCCCUCCCGAUCUUUAUGCCGGUUGCGACGCAGGCGUCCCUCAAGGGUUUGACGUAUGAUCAGCUCAAGCAGACCGGAUGCAUGCUAUGCUUGAAUAACACCUAUCACUUGGGGUUGAAACCUGGACAGGCGGUCUUGGACGAGGUGGGCGGUGCGCAUAAGUUGCAAGGCUGGGAUCGAAAUAUUCUCACCGAUAGUGGCGGUUUCCAAAUGGUUUCCUUGCUCAAACUUGCUACUGUCACGGAGGAAGGUGUUCGAUUCCUUAGUCCUCACGAUGGUACACCUAUGCUGCUCACUCCGGAACACUCUAUCUCCCUGCAGAACUCGAUAGGCUCGGAUAUUAUCAUGCAGCUCGAUGAUGUUAUCGCGACCACUUCGCCGGACCACGCGAGGAUUGAGGAGGCCAUGGAACGAUCGGUGCGGUGGUUGGAUCGGUGCAUCGACGCGCACAAGUACCCCGAGAGGCAAAACCUGUUCUGUAUCAUCCAGGGAGGAUUGGAUCUAGAAUUGCGGAGGAAAUGCUGCGCUGAAAUGGUGGCGCGAGAUACACCAGGCAUUGCCAUCGGAGGACUCUCCGGAGGUGAAGCUAAGGAGGAGUUCUGCAAAGUCGUCGACACUUGUACUGGGCUUCUUCCAGAUCAGAAACCGAGAUAUGUGAUGGGUGUCGGCUACCCCGAGGACUUGAUUGUGGGAGUUGCACUCGGUGCAGACAUGUUCGACUGUGUUUGGCCCACGAGAACAGCUCGAUUUGGAAACGCGGUGGUCCCUUCCGGCACUCUCAACCUUCGCAAUCACACUUUUGCCCAAGACUUCAGGCCAGUGCAAGAAGGCUGCACUUGCACCAUCUGUCGACCCAGAGAUCAGGGUGGCCUCGGAAUUACACGGGCCUAUAUACAUCAUCUAGCGGCCAAGGAAACGGUUGGCGCUCACCUCCUUACAAUUCAUAAUGUUCAUUAUCUACUUUCCCUGAUGGGCGCUGCGCGACAGGCUAUCUUGGAGGACCGCUUCCCGGCAUUCUUACGGGAGUUCUUCAGCAAGCUGUAUGGAGACAAAUCUAAGUACCCGGAAUGGGCGGUGGGGGCGCUACGGGGGGUCGGCGUUGAUUUGAUGGAAGACUAG